AUGUGGGGUGGCGGAAGCAACGCGGGAAUGCGCUUCGUGGCGCCAGAAUUUGGGACCAGCCGGUUCCCUCCUACCUGUCCUAUCUUUUUUCUUCUCUCUUCUCUUCCUCCUUCUCUCUCCCUCUCCUCUGGGUUCCACCAAAAUCUUUUUUUUCUUUUGAACUUGUUUUUCGCCAUUAUUUUUCUUUUUCUCAUAUCUUCUUCUUCUUCUUCUUCUUCUUCUUCUUCUUCUUUUCUCUCGCCUUACUUCUUCGCCUUUCCCAUGUCUUGCAUCAUUUUCUUCUUCUUCUUCUUCUUCUUCUUCUUCUUCUUCUUCUUCUUUUCUCUCGCCUUACUUCUUCGCCUUUCCCAUCUUACUUCUUCACCUUUCCCAUGUCUUGCAUCAUUUUCUUCUUCUUCUUCUUCUUCUUCUUCUUCUUCUUCUUUUCUCUCACCUUACUUCUUCGCCUUUCCCAUGUCUUGCAUCAUUAUAUUCUUCUUCUUCUUCUUCUUCUUCUUCUUUCUUUCUUUUUGUUUGCGAAUUAUUUCCUCUUUUUAUUUUUUUCUUGCUUCAUCGUUUGUUUUCGUUAUACUUUGUCUUUUCCUUCUUUCUUUUUCAUUUAAAUUUUCUUCCUCGACUUUUUCUUCGACUCUCUCACCUUACUUAUCCUUCGUCUUUCCCAGGUUUUGCAUCAUUUUCUUUUUCCUUUUCUUCUUCUUCAUCUUCUUCUUCUUCUUCUUCUUCUUCUUGUCUUUCUCUCACCUCCUUGACUUUCUCAUUCUUCCUUCAUCUCUUUUUUGCAGCCUUCUACUUCUACUUCUUAUCUUGAUGCACCUCUUCUGCACCUUUGAUAUCGUCUGCAUUAUCGUUUUCUUCUUCAUUUCCUUCUUUUAUGUUAUUUAUUUUUUUCUUCAAUUAUCUGAUCCUCUUCCGCUUUCUCUUUUUUCUUCAUUUUUCUCUUCUUUUUUAUAUUCAUUUCAUAUUUGUUCUUCAUUUCUCUUUCACCAGAUUUUUAUCUUUAAAUUUGUUUACUUUUCGUUUUCUAUUCUUUCCCUAAUUUUCUGUUCCUUAAGUUUCUUCUCUUUGGUCAUGACCAAUAAUUUUAAUCUUCUUCAUUUUUUUUCCUUUUUUCUCUCCUCUUUUCUUUAA